AUGAGCGUUAAUGCGACCGCAGCGGAAACCCCCGCGACUCCGGCAACCAUUGGACGUUCAGCAUAUGAUCGGCCGCCACCAGAACCGCCGAAAAAACCUCCACGGAGAACAGGGAAACCCGUCCCGGAGCGUCCGAAACGUUCGCUCCUUUGUUUGACGCUUAAAAAUCCGAUAAGGAGAUUGUGCAUAGCCGUAGUCGAAUGGAAACCCUUCGAGUACAUGAUAUUGCUUACGAUCAUGGCGAAUUGCGUCGCUCUUGCCAUAUACACCCCGUAUCCGAACGGAGAUUCAAACAGUACUAAUUUAAAUUUGGAACAAGUAGAAAUCGUCUUUUUAGUCAUAUUUACAAUAGAAUGUUUCGGAAAAAUAAUAGCUCAGGGUUUCGUCGCGCAUCAGGGUGCAUACCUUCGAAACGGUUGGAACUUGCUGGAUUUCACGAUCGUCGUCAUCGGUUUGAUAAGUACGGCUUUGUCGAACGUGACCAAAGAAGGUUUCGACGUCAAGGCGCUGAGAGCUUUUCGAGUUCUCCGUCCUUUGCGUUUGGUAUCCGGAGUUCCGAGCUUGCAAGUCGUUUUAAAUUCAAUUCUUUUAGCCAUGGUGCCUUUGCUACAUAUUGCAAUAUUGGUAUUAUUCGUUAUUAUAAUAUACGCCAUCGUCGGAUUGGAGUUGUUUUCCGGUAAAUUGCACACGACGUGUUACGACGUUAAAACGCGAGAACGCAUGGACGACCCGCAUCCGUGCGCUCUCAAAGGCACGUCCGGAUUUAAUUGUUCGGUUUUAGACACGGACACGCAACAAAUGAAAUGCUUUUCCGGUUGGGAAGGACCGAAUUUCGGAAUCACAAAUUUUGAUAAUUUCGGUUUGGCCAUGUUGACCGUUUUCCAAUGCAUUACUCUCGAGGGUUGGACCGACGUCAUGUAUUGGAUUCAAGAUGCAUCCGGAAAUACUUGGCAGUGGAUAUAUUUUGUUUCGCUCGUUAUUCUCGGUGCUUUUUUCGUUAUGAAUUUAAUUCUCGGUGUUCUCUCCGGAGAGUUUUCAAAAGAGAGAGAAAAAGCCAAAUCGAGAGGAGAUUUUAAAAAGUUGAGAGAAAAACAGCAAAUAGAAGAGGAUUUGCGAGGUUAUCUUGAUUGGAUCACUCAAGCGGAAGAUAUUGAGCCUGAAGGAGAAGUUAAUCAAGAUAAAACAAAACUUGUGAAUACGGAUCUGUUGGAGGGAGAAGAAUGCGAAGUCCAACAGGAAAGUUUUUGGAGCAAAAAGAAAAAAGAUUGGGAUCGUAUUAAUAGGAGAUUGCGCAGAAGUUGCCGAAAAGCUGUUAAAUCUCAAAUGUUCUAUUGGUUAAUUAUUGUUCUUGUCUUCCUCAAUACCGUGGUUUUGGCGACGGAACACUACCGUCAACCCGAAUGGUUAGAUUCUUUCCAAGAAAUAACAAAUUUUGUUUUUGUUGCUCUUUUCACAUGCGAAAUGUUAAUUAAAAUGUACAGUUUAGGAUUUCAAAGUUAUUUCGUUUCUUUGUUUAAUCGAUUCGAUUGCUUCGUCGUAAUCGGUAGCAUAGGCGAAAUAUUGCUGACCAAAUUCGAUGUGAUGCCUCCGUUAGGUGUUUCCGUUUUGCGGUGUAUUCGAUUGCUGCGAGUUUUUAAAGUCACAAAAUAUUGGAGAUCUUUGUCCAAUUUGGUGGCUUCUCUUUUAAAUUCCAUUCAAGCCAUCGCAUCAUUGUUACUUUUAUUAUUUUUAUUCAUUGUUAUUUUCGCGUUGCUCGGAAUGCAAGUUUUUGGCGGUAAAUUUGAUUUUGACAGCACGGAGCCAAAACCACGUCAUAAUUUCGAUUCGUUCUGGCAAAGCUUGCUAACCGUAUUUCAAAUACUCACCGGCGAAGAUUGGAAUACAGUUAUGUAUGACGGCAUUCGAGCUUACGGUGGCGUGUCAUCGAUUGGCAUUGUCGCCAGCAUCUAUUUCAUUAUUCUUUUCAUUUGCGGUAAUUAUAUUUUGUUAAACGUUUUCUUGGCUAUCGCUGUCGAUAACCUGGCCGAUGCAGAUUCCUUGGGCGACGUUGAAAAAGACGCAGAAGAAGUCCCGGAGGAAGAGGACCGCGAAAAUCGGAAAAGCAUGUCUCCGAGAGACGAGGUUCGUUUGGAUAUGGAAGGUGAUGUUGGAACCGGAUGCGAAACCGAUGAGGAAAGGGAAAACGUUGACGGUUACGAUGAUGAUGGAAGUCAAAAAGAACGUUCUUCCGUAGCUAGACCUCGAAGAAGACGCCUGUCGGAGCCGAACGAUAUAAACAAAAUUGAACCCAUUCCUAAUACAUCGUCGUUUUUUAUUUUCGGACCGAAAAAUCGGUUCAGAGUGUUUUGCCACUGGUUUUGCAAUCAUAGUAUUUUCGGAAAUAUUAUUUUAGUCUGUAUCCUUGUCUCGUCGGCCAUGCUUGCUGCCGAAGAUCCGCUCAGAGCUGAAUCUGAGCAAAAUAAAUUUUUAUUACCCUUCGACUAUUUCUUCACAACCGUUUUCACAAUUGAAUUACUACUUAAAGUUAUUGCGUAUGGUUUUAUUUUGCAUCCCGGAUCCUUUUGCCGGUCAUUUUUUAGUGUUUUAGAUUUACUAGUUGUUUGUGUUUCUUUAGUUUCUAUGUUUCGAAGUUCUUCCGCCGUGUCUUUCAUUAAAAUCCUUCGAGUACUCAGAGUCUUGAGACCUUUAAGAGCCAUAAAUCGUGCAAAGGGUUUAAAACGCGUCGUUCAGUGCGUAAUAGUAUCCGUUAAAACAAUAGGUAAUAUUGUUUUGGUAACAUGCCUUCUUCAAUUCAUGUUCGCCGUCAUAGGAGUUCAAUUGUUCAAGGGUAAAUUUUUCUCUUGUAACGAUAAAUCUAAAAUGACUGAAUUGGAGUGUCACGGGUCUUACAUCGUGUUUAAAGACGGUGACAUUAAUAAACCCGAAAGGAAAGAACGGGAAUGGUCUCCUAAUAAUUUUCAUUUCGACAAUGUGGCGAAAGCUAUGCUGACGUUGUUCACCGUUUCCACUUUUGAGGGUUGGCCCAGUCUUUUACACGUUUCCAUCGAUUCAAACGUUGAAGAUUUCGGUCCCAUUCACAAUUUUAGACCCAUAGUCGCUACUUACUACAUUAUUUACAUAAUCGUCAUUGCAUUUUUCAUGAUAAAUAUUUUCGUUGGUUUUGUCAUUGUCACGUUUCAAAACGAAGGAGAGCAAGAGUAUAAAAAUGUCGAUUUAGAUAAAAAUCAAAGAAAUUGCAUCGAGUUUGCUCUCAAUGCGAAACCCGUGAGAAGGUAUAUUCCAAAAGAUAGAAUCCAGUAUAAGAUUUGGUGGUUCGUUACUUCCCAACCCUUCGAGUACACACUUUUUGUUUUGAUCAUGGCAAACACGGUGACGUUAGCCAUGAAGUACUACGGACAGUCAAAAUUAUACACGGAAAUUUUAGAUGCUUUGAACAUGUUUUUUACGGCAGUUUUUGCACUAGAAUUUGUUUUGAAAUUAGCGGCUUUCCGUUUCCGUAAUUAUUUCGGAGAUGCGUGGAACACUUUAGAUUUUAUAAUCGUGUUAGGAAGUUUUAUCGACAUCAUAAUGGAUAAAGUUGUUCACGGCGGUGACGGAAUGAUAUCGAUUACAUUUUUCCGACUUUUCCGAGUUAUGCGUUUGAUAAAAUUACUCAGCAAAGGAGAAGGUAUACGCACCCUGUUGUGGACGUUCAUGAAAUCGUUUCAAGCCCUGCCGUACGUAGCUCUUCUCAUCGUCAUGUUGUUUUUUAUAUACGCGGUAAUCGGAAUGCAAGUUUUCGGGAAAAUAGCUUUAGACCCGGAAACGAAUAUAAACAGAAAUAAUAAUUUUCAAAGUUUUCCACAAAGUUUAUUAGUACUGUUUCGAUCGGCCACCGGAGAAGCAUGGCAAGAAAUAAUGUUAGACACUGUAGAUGCUAAAUGUGAUAAAAAUUCAGAUGAUGCUCAUUCGGACUCCUGUGGAUCCAGUAUAGCCUUUCCUUAUUUUAUAUCUUUCUAUGUAAUAUGUUCCUUUUUAAUUUUAAAUCUUUUCGUGGCCGUCAUUAUGGAUAAUUUCGACUACUUAACGCGAGAUUGGUCGAUAUUAGGACCUCAUCACUUAGAUGAAUUUAUUAGACUUUGGAGCGAAUACGAUCCGGAUGCGAAGGGACGGAUCAAACAUCUAGACGUAGUAACACUCCUUCGAAAAAUCUCUCCGCCUUUAGGUUUCGGCAAACUGUGUCCGCACCGAGUGGCGUGUAAGCGGCUCGUGAGCAUGAACAUGCCCUUAAACAGUGACGGAACCGUAUUAUUUAAUGCUACGUUGUUUGCGGUCGUGAGGACAUCGUUAAAAAUAAAGACGGAAGGUGUCAUUGACGAGUGUAAUGCCGAAUUGAGAUCCAUCAUAAGAAAAGUUUGGAAAAAAACAAGCACAAAACUUUUGGACCAAGUAGUUCCCCCUCCAGGUGAAAUAGAUGACGUUACCGUUGGAAAAUUUUACGCAACCGUUUUAAUACAAGACUACUUUAGAAGAUUUAAAAAGAGAAAAGAUCAGCUUCGAGACGGUGAAAAAGAUCAUUGUAACACUGUCACGUUGACCGCUGGUUUGCGUCAACUACUAGAAGCCGAUCCGGAAUUAAAGCGAGCCAUUUCGGGAAAUUUGGAUGAGCUUUUGGAAGACAAUCCUGAACCGAUGCAUAGAAGAAAUCAUUCCUUGUUUGGAAAAGCUUGGUCUUCGGUUAGAAGAGGCCGAUCGUUUAAAGGGAUUCAUCGGAAUCACGCUUUAGCACGAUCGAAUUCUAUGGAAUCCCUCCAGAGAGCCGUUACGGAUCACAUAGUUCAAAUGACCAAAAACGGUCUUUUGCCUCAAAAUUCAAUUUCAAUGCAAAACAUGGGAGGGCUCAUGAACAAAAUGGACAGCGUUCAAACAAACGGGGAUCCGCGUCGGAAUUUAGAAUUGAGCGACCUCACGGCUCUCAUGGAAAACCCCAUAUUGCUCCCCGACAUGGCUUCCCGAGCCAGAAAACAAGAUCAAAAACCCGACGAGCCCAAAGACAAAUUUGAGGCUUUUUAG